GGUCUCGGAAGCUCAGGAAGGGCGGGAACCCGGAUGUGUGUGGUGGCGGCGGCCGAAGAGCUGGUGUGCGGAGCUGAGAGGCCUAUGGAUGAGGAGGACGCGGAGGCCCCGGUUUGUUCUCAUGAACAAGAUGGAUGACCUCAACCUGCACUACCGGUUUCUGAAUUGGCGCCGCCGGAUCCGGGAGAUUCGGGAGGUCCGGGCUUUCCGAUAUCAGGAGAGGUUCAAGCACAUCCUUGUAGAUGGAGACACUUUGAGUUACCAUGGAAACUCUGGUGAAGUUGGCUGCUACGUGGCUUCUCGACCCUUGACCAAGGACAGCAAUUAUUUUGAGGUGUCUAUAGUGGACAGUGGCGUUCGGGGCACCAUUGCUGUGGGGCUGGUCCCUCAGUACUAUAGCCUAGAUCACCAGCCUGGCUGGUUGCCUGACUCUGUAGCCUACCACGCUGAUGAUGGCAAGCUGUACAAUGGCCGAGCCAAGGGCCGUCAGUUCGGGUCGAAGUGUAACUCCGGAGACCGGAUUGGCUGUGGCAUUGAGCCUGUGUCCUUUGAUGUGCAGACUGCCCAGAUCUUCUUUACCAAAAACGGAAAGCGGGUGGGCUCCACCAUCAUGCCCAUGUCCCCGGAUGGGCUGUUUCCAGCAGUGGGCAUGCACUCCCUGGGUGAGGAGGUGCGGCUGCACCUCAAUGCUGAGCUGGGCCGUGAGGAUGACAGUGUCAUGAUGGUGGACAGUUACGAGGAUGAGUGGGGCCGGCUGCAUGAUGUCAGAGUCUGCGGGACUCUGCUGGAGUACUUGGGCAAAGGCAAGAGCAUCGUUGAUGUGGGGCUGGCCCAGGCCCGGCACCCACUGAGCACCCGCAGCCACUACUUCGAGGUGGAGAUUGUGGACCCUGGAGAGAAAUGCUACAUCGCCUUGGGGCUGGCCCGGAAGGAUUAUCCCAAGAACAGACACCCUGGAUGGAGUAGAGGGUCUGUGGCUUAUCACGCUGAUGACGGCAAGAUCUUCCAUGGCAGUGGUGUGGGGGACCCCUUUGGGCCCCGCUGUUACAAAGGGGACAUUAUGGGCUGUGGAAUCAUGUUUCCCCGGGACUACAUUCUGGACAGUGAGGGUGACAGUGAUGACAGUUGUGACACAGUGAUCCUGUCCCCAACUGCUCGGGCUGUCCGGAAUGUCCGGAAUGUCAUGUACCUGCACCAGGAGGGAGAAGAGGAAGAGGAGGAGGAGGAAGAAGAAGAAGAUGGGGAAGAGAUAGAGCAGGAGCACCAGGGCAAGAAGGUGGUGGUUUUCUUUACCCGCAAUGGCAAGAUCAUUGGGAAGAAGGAUGCUGUUGUACCUUCCGGCGGCUUCUUCCCAACUAUUGGAAUGCUGAGCUGUGGAGAGAAAGUCAAAGUAGACCUACACCCCUUGAGUGGCUAGGGGCUUCUCCCCUGGACCUGCCCCUUCUCCCUGUACUCACUCUUUGCAGGACCAGGUGCCCAGUUCCUGACAUGCCCAAGGAUUUGCUUACCUAGCAGGCCCCAGGGGGUGCAUAGGCACUCCGACCCCUGCAAGGUCAGGCCCCUGCCAAGCUCUUCUGUGCCCACAUCUCUGACCUGGUGCUGCCCCUAUAUUUGGUCCCUAGGCCUGAGUCCUAGGUGGACAGGAACAGACCCAAGGGGAAUGGUAUUGAUAUAUUGGUGGGCCAGUGAGCUCCCAGACCCCCAUUCCUCACUGGCCCCCUGUGAGUGGAGAGGAGUGAGCACCCCAUUUUUAGCUGCUAUUUGGGCAUGAAGCUUUGCAAAGCCCCAGGGUAAAGUAGAGACAUCGCUCUCCCCUACUUCCCAUAGUAUUUCUCCCUGCAUUCUUCUCUUUUUUUAAACCUCCCCGACCUCGCCAUGUAAACCAGUUGCUGCUGUCUUCCCCCACUAGCUGGGCUAGGGGGGCUCUCUUGGGCCCAUCUCUCUCCUUUCACUGGCUGCUGUCCUGAGAAGACUCCUCUGGGAUCUCCAUUCUCUCCUGAGAGCUGGCUUUCUCCCUGUUACCUGCUCAGGCACUGUACUCCCACAGAGAAGCCUAAGUCUCCUGCCCCCCAACCUCUACACAAGUAGUUGGGUUCCCAGUGAAUGUUAAAACAGGGGCUGUGGAUGUGAGGGGACUGGGACCUUUGGUCCUAUCACCCCCUUCCCAUACUCUGCUCACCCGUGGCACCCUUGUCCCUAGCUCCCUGGGAUGCAGGCUGAGGCCUUGGAGCAUGUCUCUCCUGCCGUGGUGAAGGCAAGACGCCAGAGCCUUAGCCAAGUGAGCCCAGAGGGACAGGUUGGUCCCUUUAGUCCCUUACCUGCCACCCCCCGCCCCCUCCCCAGCUUGCUGCUUGUGCCAGUUGCCCAUGUUGCUUCAGUGUUUGAUUCUAGCACUUACAUGUAUCCUCCCCCACCGAGCCCUCAUAUUUCUUCCUACCCCCUUGACCCCUGGCCCCCACCCCAUACAAUGACUUCUGUGGGAGGAAGAGGGAGCAGGAGCUGUUGGCCUUGGUUUGCACAGAGUGGGUAGGGCUUUGGGGCAAGUAGGUGAGCUGUUGUGCUGCUGGGGCCACCCCUUGGCCCUCCCUUCAGGCCCUGCACUAUGAUGUAUGAAAUGUAUGUACAGACCAGAGAUGUUUAUACAGCCAAUAAAGAUGGAGUUUCCAUAUUUAUC